AUGAAACUGCACUACACUAAAAUAUUAUUAUUUUUCUUUCCAUUAAAUAUAUUGUUAACAUCAUAUCAUGCACAUAAUAAAAAUAAACCAUACAUCACAUCACGUCAUAGACAAACUAGUACAUCACGAGUGUUAAGCGAAUCUGACCCAUAUAUGCUCAAUUAUGAUAAUGAUGAUGAUAUGAAAUCUGUGAAGGAAAAUUUCGAUCGACAAACUUCACAACGUUUUGAAGAAUACGAAGGACGUAUGAAAGAUAAACGCCGAAAAUGUAAAGAACAAUGUGACAAAGAUAUACAAGAAAUUAUUUUAAAAGAUAAAAUGGAAAAAUCAUUAGCAGAAAAAGUGGAAAUAGGUUGUCUUAGGUGUGGGUGUGGUCUAGGAGGUGUUGCAGCAAGUGUUGGAAUAUUUGGUACAGUUGCUGUAAAAGAGUUGGCAAAAACGGCUACUGCUGCGGCAGUUGCAGCAGCUCAGGAAGCGGUCAAGGAUGCAGCCAUGGCUGCGACCAUUAAAGCUGUGGGUGCUGCGGCAGGUAAGGAAUUUGUUAUUGCAGGAUUAAAACAAAUGGGUGUAUCAACUCUAGAUGGUAAGGAAUUGGGAACAUAUAUUACUGCAACAAAUUAUACUAAUGUCAAAAACAUUGCUCACGCUAUAAAUACUCAAUAUGAGCCAUCGUCAUGUCUAAUAACUGUCCCAGUCGAUUCCAAACCUAUUUGCACUUGGGUGAGGGCAAAGGAGGGAGCUGCACGGGUAAUUCAAGGGAAACAGUUUUCAACGCAGGAAACUAUAAAAGUAGCUGUAACAUCUAUCGUCUCAGAUGCCGAAAAUGUUGCUGCAGCAGCUGAACAACAAGCUACUAAGGAUGCUAUAAAAGCUAGCACUCUUGCAGUAGACUCUAAAUAUGCUAUUUGCCAGAAUGCUAUUAUUGCUUCUGUUGUUGCAUUAUUAAUUAUAGUUUUAAUUAUGAUAAUUAUUUAUUUAGUUUUACGUUAUCGUAGAAAAAAGAAAAUGAAGAAAAAAGCCGAAUACACAAAAUUAUUAAAUCAAUAA